GUUCAGGUAAGGGUUGGCUACUCCUAUUAUGCUCUGUCCACCACUAGUAUCCAGUUGGUGGCAGGCUUGAGUCAUCGUUACCUCUAGGUCUAUUUUCAAUUACUUUUCUGUGUUUCAAUACAUGGAGUUUCUAAAUGUUUCAUUUCCUACGUAGCCUAACAUGUUGAACAGUAACGCAAAUUAUAUUGGAUCUUUAGUUGUACGAAUGCAUGUGUAAUGCCACUACGUCAACAAACAAACAACAAAUACACAAAUAUGCUACAUUACAUAAGUGCAACUAUGGUGACUACACAUUGAAUCAGUGUUAUGAUUCAUCCGGAUUUACACAUGGAGACAGGAUGUUUGUGGGUCUAACGAGAUGUUAUUAAAGUAAGGGGAAGGUGCGCUGACUGACUGGCUCAUACAACUCAGACUAGCCUAAAUAGGAAGUGUCCAUGUUCCUCUCCAACACACCCAUUCCAAAUGAUAGUUAGCCUUCUGUAAUUACGCAAGGCUAUAGCGUAACGUGUACAGCCUGACACCACAUGCUAGUUUCGUGAGUAGGCCUAAUACAGGCAGGAGAACAUUCAUGCGACUGAGACAUUUGACAAGGUAAAGCUGAAGCUUCAUUCUUGCCGUUUUAUUAAGUGGGGUUGUUUUGUGGACGUGGACUGGACUAGGUUGUUUCCUUACCUGUGUGAACUGGGCGGGUACCCGAGCGAACGGGACAACAGACCGCACCACACUCACAACAGAAGGAGGAAAAUAGAUUUCAGAGACGGAAUAUAUAUAUAUUUGAAAAAAAUACUUUGAUCAAGGAAGGGCCAUGGUAUCCACGGCAGAGUAUGGCAAAACGUCGUGGGAGCUGUCGGUCCAGGUAGACCAGAGAGAUGGAGACGAGGGCAUGAGGUUUAAACUCCGAGUCAAGGGAGACCUGCACAUUGGAGGACUCAUGCUCAAACUGGUGGAGAAGAUCAAGGCUCCUCAGGACUGGUCAGACCAUGCUCUGUGGUGGGACCAGAGGAGUUGUUGGCUGCUGAAGACCCACUGGACCCUGGACAAGUAUGGUGUCCAGGCGGACGCUGACCUGCGCUACACUCCCCAGCACAAACCCCUGUGCCUGCAGCUGCCCAACAUGAAAACGGUCAAACUCACUGUCAGCUACUCUGCCGUCGUCUUCAAGACCGUCGCUGAGAUCUGCAGAGCGCUCAACAUCAGGAGGCCAGAGGAGCUGUCCCUGCUGAAGCCUCCAGAUGACCCGUCCAAGAAGAAGAAGAAGAAAGACAAGAACCCAGCACUGGAUGACAUCUUAGAUAUGGACAGCAUCAGCGGAGGCUCUGGGGGAACAGGCAGUCCCCUGUACAGUAAGACUAUGGUGCCCACCUACGACCCAGAGAACGGGACUCCUGCCUCGGCCACCAGCCUGUGGUUUGGGGACAACCCACUGACCUCCAGCCAGCCCAACCUGCCCCCUGCGGAGCUGUCCAAGAUGUACCAGCAGCUGUCCAUGGUGGAUAAAGCCAUCAUCAACGCAGGGUGGCUGGACUCCUCCCGCUCCUUGAUGGAACAGGGCAUUGGAGAAGAUGACAGACUGCAGCUACGCUUCAAAUACCACUGCUUCUUCGACCUCAACCCAAAGUAUGAUGCUGUGAGGAUAACCCAGCUGUAUGAGCAGGCUCGCUGGUCCAUCCUACUGGAGGAGAUUGACUGCACUGAGGAGGAAAUGCUAAUGUUCGCCUCCUUACAGUAUCACAUAUGCAAGAUGACCAUGUCCACGGAACCUCUGGACUUCUCCAACGAACCAGAGAUGGAUGAAGUAGAGGCUGCCCUAUCCAACCUAGAGGUCACACUUGAGGGAGGAAAUACAGACAGAAUUCUGGAAGACAUCACAGACGUUCCAAAGCUGGCAGACUCCCUCAAGCUGUUCAGGCCUAAAAGACUGACGUUGCGUCCAUUUAAGGAGUACUGGUUCGUGUUUAAAGAUACCACCAUCUCCUACUACAAGAACAAAGAGACAGCCAGCGGAGAGCCGAUAGAACAGCUGCAUCUCCGAGGAUGUGAGGUGGUCCCUGACGUCAACGUGACGGACAAGAAGUUUGGCAUUAAACUGCUGCUCCCAGUGGCUGAUGGGAUGAACGAGGUCUACAUCCGCUGUGACAACGAGACACAGUAUUCCAAGUGGAAGGCAGCCUGUACCCUGGCCUCCAAGGGCAAGACCAUGGCUUACAGCUCCUACAGGUCGGAGGUGAAGAACAUCCAGUCUUUCCUGCAGAUGAAAAGUCUGGCGCCCCCUCCUGGUCAGGCUGCUCCAGACUUGGAUGCCAUGGAGAUGAACGCUGAGUGCUUUGUCUCCCCCAGAUACACCAAGAAGUACAAGACCAAACAGCUGACAGCGAGGAUCCUGGAGGCCCAUCAGAACAUCGCCAGGCUCUCCCUCAAUGAAGCUAAAAUGCGCUUUAUCCAGGCCUGGCAGUCCCUGCCUGAGUUUGGUAUCAAAUACUACAUUGUCAGGUUCCGAGGCAGUAAGAAGGAUGAGCUGAUGGGUAUCUCCUAUAACCGUCUGAUCCGUAUUGACAUGUCCACUGGCCUGCCCGUCACCACCUGGAGGUUCGCCAACAUGAGACAGUGGAAUGUCAACUGGGAGAUCAGACAGGUGGCCAUAGAGUUUGACCAGAAUGUGUCGAUAGCCUUCUCCUGUGUGAGUUGUGACUGCAAGGUGGUCCAUGAGUACAUAGGAGGAUACAUCUUCCUCUCAACACGCUCCAAAGACCAGAACGAGACACUGGACGAGGAACUAUUCCACAAACUUACUGGAGGGCAGGAAUGAACCUGGGACAUCAGCUUUCAUUUAGUGCCGUGGCGAUCAAACAUGAGGAUUUGUUCCAAGCUGAGACUAUCCAUGCAUUCCAAUGCAGUCAAUCAUUCAUGUACUGAAGGCCUGUAAAAAGCCAAUACAGAGUCGAGAAAGAAUUUAAAUGAAUUGCUGAUAUGGUUUUGUAGGCUACAUAAAUUAUAUUUUCAUAUUGUAAGUGCAGAGAAAAGUAGACGUCUUGGUCACAGUACACUACAUUUGAUUCUAAGACCAUCUCUACAAAAUGUGUGGACCAUCUCUACAAGGCUCAUUUGCCUGACGGUUAGGCCUGGCAAUUCAUUCGGCACAUGGGCUGUACAUCUUGUCACCUGUUUACCUUGGUGUAGCCCAGAAAAAAUCUCUGUGACAACCAGCAGACAGUGGUUGAAGAGGAGGAUUUAGGUAGUUUUACUGACACCACAUUUUUUAAGUCUUUGAUUUCAAUGUUGUAGGCUACUUUCACAAUCACACUAUUGGGCUGCUCAUUGCCCUAUUUUAUACAUAUUACUUUUAUACUGUUUUAUAAUGUAACAUUUGCAAUUGUAUUACAAGUCCAACAGAAUUUCAAAGAUAUUUCUGGUGGUGGGUUAUUAUCACGUUGAACGAGACAUUUGUUUACACUGGUAUUUCUCUUGACUGAACUGCAUUGAAAUAAACUUGAGAAACAUGUUCUGGUCAA